CUUGGUUCCCUCUCCCUCCGUCGUCUUUGUCUCUCUGAUUCUUGACUCUGCAACUGCGGCCGUUGCGUGCGAUGGUUGAGUUCUAGAGCCAACAAUCUCUUCCCCGGAAAAAGGUCAAGAUGGUGUACAUUAGCUCUUGGGAUGAAUUCGUGGAGAGAUCCAUACAGUUGUUUCGUGCAGAUCCUCAAUCUUCAAGGUAUGUUAUGAAGUAUAGGCAUUGCGAUGGGAAGUUGGUUCUCAAGGUCACUGAUAAUAGAGAGUGUCUCAAGUUCAAGACAGAUCAGGCACAGGAUGCAAAGAAGAUGGAGAAGCUCAACAACAUUUUCUUUACCCUGAUGGCUCGGGGUCCUGAUGCGGAUGUAACGGAUGUAUCAGGAAAAGAACAGGCAGAAGUGCAGCCAAGCAAGAAAGGAAGGGGAAGGAAACAGUGAGUGCUGGAUAUAGAAGAAUCUAGGUUGAACUAAUACUGGGAGGCUGGAGGGAUAUUUCAAGCAUAUCUCUUUUGAGCCAGUUGAUGCAGUUGAGGAAAUUUCUUCGCCAGUAUUUUUUUUUGGUACCCUUAUGUAGCGUUUUUCAGUUACACAUCAAAUCAUUCUCAUACUGGAAUGUAAAGAAGCAUAUAUUCAUGAUCAUCGAUGAGCAUUUUUUGGUUUUCUUCUUUGUCUUG